AUGGGUCAGAUCGACUCUCUGUGGAGCCCGCUGUGGAUCGGCCUGUAUGCCCAGCACCUGGAGCGCUGGCUGGCAUGGUUCCCCAGGACACAGAUCCAUCUGGUCAGUGGGGAGAGGCUCAUAUCCGACCCGGCCGGAGAACUUGGUAAAGUGCAGGACUUUCUGGGGCUCCAGAGGAUUAUCACAGACAAGCACUUCUACUUCAACAAAACAAAAGGCUUCCCCUGCCUGAAGAAGCCGGAGGGCAGCAGUAAACCCCACUGCCUGGGGAAGACAAAAGGGAGAACGCAUGUCUCCAUCGACCCCGAGGUGAUGCAGAGACUGAGGGAUUUCUACAAGUCACAUAACCAGCGCUUCUAUCAGAUGGUGGGCCAGGACUUUGGAUGGCAGUGACCCUUUGACUGUGUGGAAGUUUUUGUUGGCAUUACACUGCUUUGGGUCGAAGCCUGAAUAGAUCUCCCAUUUAACUGAAACAGAUGGAGAGCAAAACAUUUAGAGGACACACUCACUUAUCUGCCUCUGACCGGUAGAGGGUCAUCUCAGAGACUUAGUAAUAAAAACCCAGUGUCAGAUCCUUCACCCCUAUUAAUCAAUAACCUUGUUCUAGUGUUUGAAAGACAGCAGCGUCAUUUUAUCCAUCAUAACUGUUCAGUAAAUGAUGUGCUUUUGUGGUAUUAAUUAAGGGUGUCCCCUCGCACCUUUCUAAAAUGUGGUAUAUGGUAAAUGAAGUAUGUGUGUAAAGUUGGUCAUGAGACAGUGACUGCUAUAGGUUACAGCUGUAAAAUGUUGAAUGCUGAAAUACAGUGUAGCUUUUAGUGUCUCUGGUUUGCAGUUUAAUCCUGAUGCUCUAGUUGGUAGGCUGUAGGGGCACAGUUAAUCCUGAGGGGAUGUAUUUUCAAAUUCCUCAAAUUUCCAUAACCUUCUUUUUUUCUGUUUGUUCCUCAGUCUCGCUGGUUAAGAAAUUAAGCAGUAUCGUCCUCUAAGCAUUGUUUUUGAAAAAGGGGAAUGAAUCUUUUAUCUAGCGAGCAGCAUAAGGAUGACAAAGAUAAUCUUUAUAUGAGCUGAGAUUUGACUGAGUGGUUUUGUAUUCUUGAAUAAUGAAUGUGGAUGAAUGGAUGUAGGGAAACUGGUAUGGAUAACUUGCCUCCUUGCCUAUUGGCACAUUCAUAGGCUUAUGGUAGCAUCUGACUGCAAAACCACCAGACUGAGUGGAGGGACCACUGGAGGACAACCAAAACAAGACCAGGUAAAAACCAAAGUGGUUGACCUACUGUAUCCAGGGGCCAUUUCUCUGAACAUGAAUAUAAAAGCUUUCAAGCUUUACUGUUUUAAUAUGAGAGGGCCUGCUUAUAGGGUUGUCUGUUUUCAGUUUGCAAGUAUUUGCACUAGUUUGAAAGCAUAAAGAAUAAAGCUAUUUUUAAGCAAAGGA